CGAGCAAGUGUCGAGUGCACCCACGUUGAAGUCUACCUACUUCUCGGCAACACUUGCUGCUCACCGAACUUGCGCUUCUCGUUUUCAGGUAGAAAGUCAAGUCUCGUAGCGUUGCGUCCUACAUACGCGAAUGACCGGGUCGAAAAACACAAAGGCUUCUGCCGCUGGCAAGAAGCAGCAGGAGAAGAAACGGGCCCAACCAGGAGACUUUGAGCGCCAGGUUGAACAAAUCCGCACUGACAUAAAGACAGUCCGCUCCAACCUUGCGGAAGCCCAGAAGGCUCUUGACAUGAGCAGCGAAGCCCCUCAGAUUGACUUUGACGUUGACAUGAAGCCGGACGAUAACCCAGGUUUCGACGGAGGCUUCUUUCAGCAAGGACCUUACCAAGGCUAACUGCUCUGGCAGGCAUGACCACACGUACCGCGUUUCGUCCCCCGUAUUACUUUGUCUCAGGGCGAAUGUUCUGUUUCACUUUGGCUUUCAGUUCUUUGCACACAGACUUGUUUUUCUACCACCUUGAAAAGUUACACCGGGAAAUGCUUCUCUUGGAUGAUGUAUAUGUAUUCAUU